AAUGUGGAUGAUGAUUUUCAAUUAAUUGAAAAUGUUACUAAUGAUGAAACUAUUCCAAUUGAAUUCCCAGCGACUUCUAAUGAAGGUGUCGCUUAUAAUUUUAAUAUACAAUAUUCAAUGGAAGGUGGAGGAAGUUCUAGCAAAAUCAAUUGUCCUUAUUUAAAUUGUUAUGUAAAAAAAGUUGUUCGAAGAUGUACUAGUGUUAAAGUUUGUGAAUAUACCGAUAAUGAAAUUAAAAAUUCAUCUCAUUAUGAAGUUGAUAAGAAUAAGGAUUUUUUUAUAAUGAAUCAACCUAGUGAAACACAAACAUCUAUAGAAGCUCAAACAUAUGUCAAUUGUUCAGAAUAUCCUAUAAUUUGUCAGCUAGGAAGAAAAAGUGUUAAUGAUCUUGUAACAAAAUUUAUAGGAUGUUUAAAAUGCAAACCUCAUGAAAAGCACAUAUUUCAUAUUUUAAAUAAAAAUCAAAUUGAUAUUAAUUUAUUUGAGAAGCUUUUUCAAGGAAAAGAGAUAAAGUGA